AACCAACGAAUAUGAACGAAACGCGAAGAGAUAUGUCCGGAAAAUUGUUUGUGAGCAAGAUAAGUACACACCAGCAAUAGUCGCAACUCGAAAACAUUAUUAUUCAGCUACAAUCAGAGCGCUAAGCACGCAUCUUUAACAUCAGUAGUAAAUUUAUUGUACAAAGCAAUGUAUACCUGUGUUUAAUACGUUCAUAAGAAAUUAAGAGAGUGAAUAAAGUUCGAUUUUGUGACUUCGUGCCGGUGUGAAUACACACGCGAAAAAAGUUAUUUCGUUCUGGUAAAUAACGCUACAGCCGCAACUGUAUCCAAUAGCGCUACACGCUUCAUUCAAACGGGACAGUAUUGUUGGAACUGAAAAAAAAAACCUGAACCGUCAUGCAUCCUGCUUUUGCGAACGCUGGCCAACAAAAGGGACUGGAGAUAUGGCGAAUUGAGAACUUUGAACCCGUGCCGUAUCCAAGCAAAGACUUUGGCAAAUUUUACACAGGAGACUCUUACAUCAUUUUAAAUACAAAAGAGUCGAAGAGCAGAGUGUUAUCGUGGGAUGUACAUUUUUGGUUGGGUCUCGAAACAACACAAGAUGAAGCUGGAGCCGCGGCAAUUUUAACAGUUCAGUUAGAUGAUCUCUUAGGUGGAGCACCCAUUCAACAUCGAGAGGUGCAGGAACAUGAGACUCAUCUAUUUUUGGGAUACUUUAAGAAUGGAGUCCGAUAUCAAUCUGGUGGCGUAGCAAGUGGUUUUAAUGAAGUGACGACUAAUGCUGAGGGCGAGAAGCGUUUGUUCCAAGUUAAGGGUAAACGAAGUGUUCGCGUUCGGCAAGUACCGUUGUCGUUAUCUUCGAUGAACAAGGGAGAUUGUUUCAUACUUGAUGCUGGAAGAGACAUUCAUGUCUAUGUUGGCACUGAUGCUAAACGAGUUGAAAAGUUGAAAGCAAUCAGUGCUGCGAAUCAAAUUCGGGAUCAGGAUCACAACGGUCGAGCUACGGUUCACAUUUUGGAUGAGUUCAGUUCGUUUUCAGAUCAGGAGGAAUUUUUCACUGUUUUGGGUGAAGGUUCCCCCGAAGACGUUCCUGAUGCAAGUGCGGGAGAAGAUGAUGGCGCAUUUGAGAAAAAUGACGCGGCCACAAUCACGUUAUACAAAGUAUCUGAUGAUGGUGGUUCCUUGCAAGUUCAGCCCAUUUCAUCAAGACCACUUACGCAGGCAAUGCUUGCUACAGAGGAUUGCUUUAUACUGGACACAGGAUCCUCAAUUUAUGUGUGGGUUGGAAAAGGAGCUACGGCUCAGGAAAAGACACAAUCGAUGCAAAGAGCACAAGAAUUUAUUACAAAGAAGAGCUAUCCACUUUGGACUGGAGUUCAACGAAUUGUUGAGGGAGCUGAGACUGCUCCAUUUAAACAAUACUUUUCAAGAUGGAGAGAUCAGGGAUCAUCGCAUGCUCGGCUCAUUCGUGCUGCAAACGACGAUGACUCAGACAGUGCCGAAGAUAUUGAUUUCGAUCCAUACGUUCUACAUGCACUUAAGAGAAGCGGUGGACGUGCUAUCGGCUUUAUGCCUGACAAUGGAGAUGGUUCAGUUGAAAUCUGGCGCAUUGAAAACUUUAAUCUAGUUCCUGUAGAUCCGGAAAUGCAUGGAAUGUUCUUCGGUGGCGAUUCUUACGUCCUAAAAUAUCACUACCAGAAUAAACGUGGCGGUCAAGGAUACAUUAUCUAUUAUUGGCAGGGCAAGCAUUCAAGUAUCGAUGAAAAGGCACAAUCUGCGAUACACGCUGUCCGUUUGGACAAUGAAUUAAACGGUAGUGCGAUACAAGUUCGCGUCACUCAAGGACAUGAGCCCAGACAUUUCUUGAAGAUUUUCAAAGGCAAAAUGGUUGUGUUUUCUGGUGGUCAUGCGUCUGGAUUUAAGAACAUACAGGACAACGAUACAUAUGAUGUAGAUGGCACUAGAUUAUUUAGAAUCCGUGGCACUUUAGCUGAUGAUGUUCGUGCAGACCAAAUGCCAGAGGUGGCCGCCUCUUUGGCCUCCGACGAUGUAUUCAUUUUAGAAACACCUAAUGCUACUUACGUUUGGCACGGAGUGGGCGCAUCACCAUUUGAAAAAGAUAUGGCUGCCCAGAUCGUCGGACGAUUGUCACCGAACCACGCUCCACAAAUAAUUGACGAAGGAAAUGAACCCGAUCAAUUCUGGAGUGCUAUAGGUGGUCAAGGCGAUUAUGACAAGGAAUUGGACAAACCUGGCCCGCCAUUCUUGGAAUCGCGUUUGUUCCAUUGCAAAAUAUUGGCGAAUGGAAGGUUCCGCGUUGAAGAAGUUCAUCAUUACGAACAGGAGGAUAUGGAUGUAGAUGACAUUAUGGUGCUAGAUGGUGGCGAUGAGAUUUAUGUGUGGGAAGGAGAUGGUUCGACCGACGAGGAAAAAGCGAAAUCAUUGGAAAUGGCUAAUUUAUACAUACGAACUGAUCCGUCAGCCCGUUGCGAAGAAACAGUUCCAAUCAUAAAGGUUCAUCAGGGUCACGAACCGCGUUCGUUUAAACGUUUAUUCCCGGCAUGGGAAGAUUCCAUCUGGGAGUCAAUUGAAAGCUACGAAGAGGCUAGAAAUAAACUUCUUUCGUAAACAGAGGAGAAACGCCGAGGAAACUGACGGGCGCACAAGACAAUAUUUUACCAAAAAAAAAUCUCAUCAACAUUCAAUGAUGAAAUAACUUCUGUUUCAUGUUGCUUAUAUGUACGCACAAUAUCUUAACAAUAAAACGAUAACUGUCAAAUAAA